AUGGCGUCCCGUGACGACUACUUAGUCGGGUGGGUUUGCGCACUGCCCAUAGAGGUAGAAGCAGCCAAAGCGACGCUUGAUCGCAUUCAUGACAACCUACCUCCAGAUCAGAACUUAGACGACAACAAUAACUACAUUCUAGGGAGUCUCCAAGGCCACAAUGUCGUACUGGCGUAUCCGAAUUUCGGCGUGUAUGGUAAAACGUCGGUAGCGGAUGUGGCCACGCAGUUGCACGCAAGCUUCAAAUCUGUCCAGUUCAAUCUGAUGGUUGGCAUUGGGGGAGGGGUUCCAGACACGAAGGAGGAUACUCGUCUUGGUGAUAUUAUUGUAAGCAAGUCGAUAGCUGGCCGGCCGGGUCUCGUCCAGUAUAACGCGAACGGGGAGCAAGCGGAAGAUCAAUCUAUUUGCGGCAGAGCGUUAAAUCAGCUAAUACCAUUACUUCUCACAGCCAUGGGAAAAGCCGAGACAGCCGCGAUUUUCGGUGAAAGUAAGAUGUCCCAGUACAUCUCCGAGGUCUUACGGAAAGACCCCGUCACCUUUACCCGUCCAGGCCCAGAGCAAGACGCCCUAUUUGAGCCGAAUUAUGAUCAUACAACUAUUGAAUCCGAACAAAACGGGUGCAGUCAUUGCAACCUGGAUAGGAUCCGGCCCCGGCAGCCACGGGAGGUACAGGACCCAAUAGUUCAUUAUGGUCUUAUUGCCUCCGGCCAUCAUUUGAUACGGCAUGGAACGACUCGAGACGAGUUAGCACAUAAGCAAGGCGUUCUAUGUUUCGAGACGGAGGCGACCGGCCUGAAAGAUGCCGCCCAGUAUUUGGUCAUCCGAGGAAUCUGCGACUAUGCAGAUUCUCACAGUUCCAAGCUUUGGCACGCCUAUGCCGCAGUAGCUGCAGCAGCAUAUGCAAAGGAGGUCCUUUCGUUCAUACCCAAAGUUUCCAAGACGAUACCUCCGGCAAUAAACACCGAGGCCGUGCCGAUUCUCGACGCUUUGCUCUUAACAAGACCCGAAGUUGACCGAAAAUCCCUCAUUGUACUGAAAGGGCGCAGAGCUGACGGCACCUGUGAAUGGCUCAUCCAAAAUCCCCACUAUCAAGAGUGGCUGGCAGACACAAAUCAACCACUCCUCUGGAUCUCAGGUGGUCCUGGAAAAGGUAAAACCAUGCUGGCAAUUUACAUUACCGAGGUGCUACAGCCAGUAGUUAACGCUGCCGAAAAUGUUCUCCUUUACUACUUCUGUAGUAACUGCGAUAAGAACCGGAACACGGCAUUAACUAUAUUAAGAGGCAUCAUACAUCAAUGGAUCGAUCUCUAUCCGCACCUGGCACAAUAUAUCAAGAACUCGUUCGAGGGGACUGAAACAAUAAAAUAUACCGUUUCCAGCUUUGCCUCCUUGUGGAGUGUUUUCCUAACCCUGCUUCAGCAGAGUAGAUCUUCUCAGGUAGUCUGUAUGCUGGAUGGUCUGGAUGAAUGCGAGCAGGAAUCACUCAGGCAGCUUCUCGAUGCCGUUGGGAAUUAUUUGUCGAACUCUCGGAAAGUUACAAGGCCACGGCUGAAGCUCAUUCUUCUCUCCCGACCCCAGCCGGCUAUUUUGGAGAACAAAAUUGGCCAGUAUCAGCAGAUCAAAUUGGAUGACUCUGAUACAGAGAUUUCGCAUGAUGUCGAGAGAUAUAUCUUCGCUAAAGUUACUGAACUGGCAUCCGAGCAAAACCUUUCAAAAGGAAUGAUUGCGCAGGUUCAGCAGGCCUUGUUGGCUGGCGCUGAUGGUACCUUUUUGUGGGUUGGAUUCGUUGCCAAUGAGCUUCAGGGCAGGAGUUGGCACAAGAUCAAUGAAAUUAUCCAUCGUGUUCCUAAAGGCCUUGGUAGGGUCUAUCAGCGGCUACUUCAGCAAAUCGACGACAAGGAAGGACUGGUCCCCAUUCUUCAAUGGAUCGUUCUCGCUGCCAGACCCCUUACAGUGGAUGAAUUAACAGUGGCCACAGGGAUCAAAGUAUCUGGUACCCUCACGGCAGCUGAAGUGACCAGGGAUCGGCUCAGACUCUGCGGGGCACUUGUGAAAAUUGAAGGAGAUGUAGUCAACCUGGUCCACGAGUCAGCGAAAGAGUUCUUUCAGAGCAACCAAGUCAACAUCGAAGGGAUCAGCAUGUUCCACAUGAACCAAAUUACUCACAGGACUCUUAUGCGGACCUGCCUAGCACACGUCGAACGUAGUUACGGAUCUCCCAGGAAGAUUGACGAGAGAUACAGCCACGAUUCCCUCUUGCAUUAUGCUAUUCAAUAUUGGCCGGUACAUUUCUAUCACGCUAUUGAGAAAUAUUAUUGGGAGCAGGAGAAGAACGGCGGAAACGCGCCCUUGUUCACGCUCUUGCAUCUAGCUGCGUACCUUGGCAAUGUAGCAUGGGCCAAAUUGUUGAUCAGCGAGCAUAUCCAUCUCAUUUCGCGAAAGGACAACUAUGGCCGGACGCCGCUUUCCUGGGCCGUUAAUCAAGGUCACCGAGACAUGGUGAAAUUGUUGGUUGACCAUGGUGCUCGUGUCAAUGUCAAAGAUCGAAGCAGGUUGACGGCACUUCAUAUCGCGGCCACUGGACAGCACAAGGACAUUAUGUCUGUGCUGCUCAACCAAGGUGCCCGUCUCGAGAGUAAGACUGAGCAUGGCGACACACCACUGACUCGAGCCAUUCAGGCAAAUUCGAGGGAAACUAUCCAAAUAUUACUUGAACACGGAGCGCGUGUGGACAACUUGCCAAUUCCCCCAGGAGUCGCUUCCCUGAGAAGACAUUCGGACCCAAUGGAUGAGCGGGUGGAAGAGCUACUGGGGCUUCAAGAACAGAUAUUUAUCGCACGAUACCAGCAGGCGUCGCGGGAGGUCAACAUGGUCAUGAAGAUCCUCAGGCUUUCCUUCCGCUUUCCCAUUAUUCUUCAAUUGGUAACAUUAUAUUUGAAGUAUGUGGCAUUGGACCGUUGGGAGAAUAUGUCUGUCCUGCAGGAGCUCGCUAAGAAGAAUAAAAUGAACGAACUGCGACAAUGGGCCGAAGUGUAUCGCGAGUUCUUCGUACAGCUGGUAGUUUCCAGAAACUAUAGAGGGCUGACGACCAUGACAGACCUGCCGACGCAGCUGUUUCGGGUGGUCGCCCCUGGAGAUCUCCAAGCACUGCUGGUAAUCGCAGUUCUCGUCGGCUCGGAAACUAAACUUGCAGCUAUUCGACACGGAUGGAGAGAAGGAGAUGCCAUCACAGCCAGAGCAUUUUCACAUUGGGCCGCUAUAGCCUACAACAGAGACGCAGAGGAGUUCUUACACUACAGCGUUCGCGACUUUUUAAAUGAUUUCGAUGCCUGUAUUCAAAGUGGCAACCGGGAAGAGAAUGUGGCUCGGACGGUGGUACUCUUGACAUCGCACUUCGCCAUACUCGAAAAUGAGGAACCACGGCCAAUCGAGUACUUCUCCAGGGUCGUCGCAGAAUUUUACGAAGGAUACAUCGGCGGCAGCCACGAGAUUGAAUUGUUCAGUGAUGCAAAUCAGGCAUGCGCCAAUGAGCUAAUUGUCAUCAGCGAAAAACACGACUCCGCCAGAUUACUUCUCUUCCUGAUUAGUAUAUUCCAAUUUGCCCAGCGCUCUAAAGAGAAGGGACAGGACCAAUUUCUUAACAUACUGUCUGCAUCAUGCUUGAUUCUCUGCCAGGAGAAUGCUACCGCCCACCGAUGGUUGAUUGGCGAGGCAAUCCCAGAGGCAAUGAGUACCUUGAUAUCAAAGCAACCCCCAGGAUCGCUUCAGAAGCGGGCGUGCAAAACCUUUGUGGAAUGCCUGAUCAUUGGAAAGCAAUACGGCUUGGCACUGCUUGCGGCGGCACCGAGACAAAGAGUGAAACAGAAUCUGCACUCCUUGCCAGAAGUCGCAUAUAUGAUAAAUCGAAUCGUUGGUUUAUGA